UGGUUGCGGAAGGCAUGAGUCAUGAGAGAGUACGGAGAGCGAACAACAACAAUUUGAUAAAAACACAACAUUUUCCGUUCAUUGUUCAUUAGACCGAGAAUUACACUUUUUUAAGAAUUAUCAUUCAUUUCUACUAAUAGAUCCUAUCGAAAAGAGUUUAAAAAGCUUUCUAGAAGAUCACAUAUUUGUGAUUUUAUUAUCUCAAAUUAUUAUAAGAAGGGAAGAAAAUGAGCCUCACGCUGACCAUAAAAACUGCCAUGCAAACGGCAGCAGGCCUGCAACUAGCAGUGCUUCGGGUACCCGUAGCAGGACUCAAAUACUUUGCUCCACCUGUAACAUUUGGAGAUAUUGAUUUCCCUGAGAGGAGGAAGUUGAAAGUUGUGGAUAGGCAGCCUCAGUACACUGCAACGAUUCGUCCACCGAAAAUGACCAAAAGACUUGACCUCAUGAGAGGACCAGAAGAAUAUCACAAUUUUCUUAUUCACAAGCAAUAUGGAAUUCAGGCCCUUUGUGGAGGACGAAUGGCGUACAACCACUUUGAGAUGGUCCGCUAUACCUUGGGCCGAAAAAUUAAUCCCAACACCAUGUUUCCGCAGUGGAGAAUAGAUCCGCCGUGGCUGCCCGUCACCAAGAAGGGCCAAGGUCAGCGAAUGGGAGGUGGAAAAGGUGCCAUCGACCAUUAUGUGACGCCACUCAAGGCUGGAAGAAUUGUCCUUGAAAUCGGAGGUCAUUGUACCUUCGAUGAAGUCAAACUUUGGCUCGGGGAAAUCGCUAACAAGUUGCCAUUCAAGGCCAGAGCUGUCAGCCAAGAAAUGCUGGAAAAGGAUAAGUUGCAGGAAAUCGAGGACGCCAAGAAUAAUUUGAACCCAUACACUAUGGAAUAUAUCAUUCGGAAUAACAUGGCAGGUGUCCAGAAUUGGAUAUCUCCGUUUGAUAGGAAGUGGUUCUGCAAAUACCGGUAAAUAAGUCGAUGUUGCUUUUAGUGAUGAGAAUAAAAGUUUACACCAAUCUGAAUGG